CCCCCACUGCUCCUCCUCCUCCUCCUAUACUCCGCUCUCUGACUCCACGGCUCCUCAUUCACUAGAAGAUGGCGGACUGCGCUCCACUAUUAGAUGAGGAACUCUCGUCCUUUGUCUUCAGUUACCUGACAGAAAACUCCGGCAGCCAGUAUGGGGAGGAGGAGGUGUGUUCGGACCGUUUGGACACUGACUUCCCGGACAUCGACCUCUCCCAGCUGGACACCAGUGACUUUGACAGCGUCAACUGUCUCAGCGAGCUACAGUGGUGCAACGAUCAGCCAGCGGACGCAUCACCGGCCUCCAUCCACUACAGUACAGCAGAUGAGCUCUUUGAGAUAGAAGAGGAGAAUGCGGCUCUGCUCGCCGCUCUCACGGACAGUUUGGAUGGCAUGGUGGAUGCCGAAGUGGGAGGGCUCUCCGUCUUCCCCGCCUUGGGGGAGGAGCCUGACCAGGAAGAGGAAGAAGAAGACAGCCUUCCUCUUGCAACCGAGGACUACAGUCAGUCCCUGGGAGCCGAGACAGAAGACCCAUCUCUUCUGAAGAAGCUGCUGCUGACUCCUCCCAACGUGCCCACGGGCAUCGACGCACACAAAGACAGAGUCCACGGUCAUCGCUAUAGCAACAGAAGCCUGCAUCUACGGCCGGUCAGACCAAUGGCCAAGAGUGACCUCCCUCUGGAGCGGAAGCCCCGAGCAGUGCGUCCAGCGGGCCGCCUGUGCACCGAGCUCCACCGCCACCUCACCACCGCCCAGGACUUAGAGGACACUCCAGCUCCGGACACAGAGGAGGACGAAGAGGAGGAAGAAGACGAGGACAGUGAGUCAGAGGAGGACGAAGAGGAGGAAGGCGAGGAAGAAGAGGAAGAGUCUUCCGGCAGUGAGGUGGAGGGUGCGGCAGUUGUGGCUGCUGCUCCCACUGAGCCAGUCAAGCCUCAGUUCAGCUCGGAGAAAGAACUGCACUCAGUGGUGGAGCUGAUCACGUACAUGCACACCUACUGCCUGCCCACACGCAAGCAGCAGGGCUGGGAGCGCAAGGACCGUGACCUCCAGAGGUCUCGGGCCAGACCUGAAGCCCCCCGCCUGGCUGCCACAAACUCUCAUAGCAGAGUUGUCUUGGUGGCUACUCCUGGGACUAGUGGGGGCUUGACAGGGGCAGGCAACAGUGCCCCAAGGAGGCUUCCCUUUGCAAGGCGAAGGGAGAUGAAGGCCAACUCCCUUCUCCGUGAGCUCCUGCAGCAGAGCAGCUCUUUCGAUGUGAGCAAGCCUUACAGACUGCACAGCCCUCCCUACUCCCACACCCACAGCCCCAACAGAGGAGGAGUAUCUGCUCCUUCUGUCCUGGCUAAAUCAGCCCCAGCCCACUCCCCCAGCUCCACCACCCCUAAACCGGAGCUUCGCAAAGACGCUUCCUCCCCUGAGAGGAGAAACUCCUCGUCCUCUGAGGUGUCUCAAGGCCUGGAGGAGACAGUAGAGGAUGGUGGCUCCUUCUCAGUUCGGCGCUCCCGACGUCUCGCCUCCUUCCCCAGCCGCUUCGCCAAAAGGCUGCGGCCUGGACGGGCAAGGGAAGGAGAAGGGAAGGCCAAGGAGGAGAAGGAGGAACGAGCGGGGGUCAAAUUCCUGCCAACCCAAGCAGGAGGGGGAACCACGACCGAGACUCAGCCAGAGCAUGUAAUGUCGGGUGAUGGGAGCCACGGUGCAACAGAGCUGACCAAACCCUGCUGCCACAACGAAAAGCGAGCCUGCCUCUGUCUGCCUCUCAACCCCAAGUCAACUGGAGAGUCCCAGUACAGCACCAAGCCUUUUGAGCAAACGCUCAGUGUGGAUCUAUGUGGAACAGCAGGUCUCACCCCUCCCACCACCCCACCCCACAAACCAGUGGAGGAUGAGCUCUUCAAACCUGCAGAGGGAGGAAAGGGCAGUGAAGUCACAGGUGGUGGCAGCAGCGGCGAUGGUGGAGGAGGUGGCAGUGAGUCUGUUCACCCUGCUUCGAAUACCAACGUUGCCACAAAGGGUUCAUCCUGGCUGAGCCGUGGCCACCACCAGCGGAAGCUUCCAGAGCAGACGGAGCUGUAUGCCCAACUGCGGCGCAUGGGCCAGGCUGGUGACAGCGACACCCACUGCAGCUUUGGCGACCAUGACUACUGUGCGCUCAGCCUCGGGGAGAGUCGCAAGCGUAGCGCUGCCAUGCUAGGUGCCAUCCUGCAGGCGCAAGGAGGGAGCGAUGGAGUUGCAGCAAAAGCAGCCGACGAUCAGGUAUCGGAUGGGAAGGGCAAGGACGGUGGAGAACGACUGCUGGUGUCAGAAGUCGCAGAGCCACUUGAGAAGCAGACAAUGACAGCGACGAUAUCAUCGCCGCCGUCGGACUGCCAGUCGGCAGCCGCCACACCCCCAGUCUCAGAGGAAGAGGCGGAUCGCUCGUCUGCAUCUCGCUCACCCUCGCCCAUCCUACACCUGUGUCCUGACUCCCCCGCCAGCAAGACAGACUCCAGUGAGAACUCGGAGAACUGUCCCGACGACAAGCAAAGGAACAAAGCCAAGUCUGAUGAGGACAACUGCCAGGUGUUUUACAUCCACAACCUGCCAACCAGCGUGACCCAGAACAUGCUGAGGAAACGCUUCCAGGUUUUCGGCAAAGCAGAGGACUGCAAAGUCAUCAUCUGCAACGAGGAGCGCUGUGGGGUGAUAAAGAUCCGCCAGCCUGGGGUUCAAAGACACUGGAGAGAACGAGAGACUGUUUUCCAGAAUGGACCUGCAGGCCUAAGGAGGCUGACAAGGAAACGCUACAUAGAUCUUGAUGAGGCAGGUCCGGGCCCUGUAAAGAGCAAGUACGAUGCACUGGACUUUGACACACUGCUUAAGGAGGCCCAGAAGUCCCUGCACCGCUGACCGCACAGUGCCCCUGACUGGCCAGCCUUAGUAAACUGCAGCAACAAGCCUCCGACUACACGGCUCUGCCCUCAGACAGGCCUCUCAGUACCUCCACACAAGGCAACCUCGCAAAAUGUUUACAUUUUUACCAUUGGAAUAAAGUAACGAUAAGGACCUUGUUUUUUAAGUUUCUUUCACCGGAGGAUACUGCUUAAAAACGAGGACGCCACUGAGAGUUUAAAGGAGCGAAGGGACAAUGGAGGAAGUAGGACAUUUAACAGCAGUGGUACAACAACUACAAACGAUUAACGAUACAGCUGUCUGCUGAACAACAAUAACAAAGCUGUCUGUGUUGGUGACAUCAUCGCCCCGCCUUGGGAGAGCGGGCAUGAGAGACCUCUGUAGCAAAUCCUUGCUAUUCCUGCGUUGCGUUGGUCGUCGUGGUGUGUGUUUCUGCGUGUGCGUGUUCUUUGUUCUGUUUGUUUUGUAAGAAAAAAAGGAAAAAAAAAACUCCCUCUUUCCGGUUACGGGUGGUGAACCUGCAAGCUAUGUUUGCCAUGAAGUUGUGCGGUUGUAUAACCAGAAAAAAAAACAAAAAAAAAACUGCUUUGUUUUAGCGAAAAAUUGUGGAUGUUAUAAAUUUUAAAAAUCUAUUGUGUGUGCGUUAUGGACAAAGAGUAUAUAUAUAAAAAAAAUACAUUUAACGUAAUCAUUUGAUGACUGAUAAAGUUUACAAAUCUAAAAUGAAGAAGAAAAAAAUCAUGUUUUUUUCUUUUUUGUAAUUGUAGUGCUUCCUUGAUUUGAUCUAUGCACUGUAAGGAGGUAAAUGUCUCUGCUGUCCUCCACUUUCCCCCUUUUGACUCUAAUCUCUAACUCUGCCAUGCUGACUAUUCUGGCUUCUGCUACUGGCUGCUGCAGGCUCUGUUUGAUAGGCGUCAAUGCAUCAAGACACUGACUUGGUCCAAGGAGAAAUUUCACCGGAAAAAAAGGUUCCAAAAUAAAUAAUUUAUUGGAAAAACAUUUAAAUGGUUAAAUUGUUGAAUUUUUUGUAUGUACAUGUUGUGAACUGGCUACAAAAUAAGAUUAAAUAGGAUCCCAGUUGAGAUCUGGUUUUUCAAAAUCCCGAUUGGUCACAAGAAGUUUCAAAUGUCACUUGAUUAAAAAAAAAAAAAAGAAACAUUUCUCUGGUUCAAAGCAUCCUUGAAAUAUAUUCCAAAAUAUAGAGGACCAUUGUUAUUGAACACGCGGUAGAGUUAUUGAAAAAAGAAAAUGCAGUUUUUAAUCUUUCCAUUCAGACAGUGGGUUGUCCGUUCUUACAAACAAAAUGUUUGGGUUACGUGUUUAUCCCAGGUGAAUUCUCUCCACAUGGUGCAGGGUCUUGAUGCACCUCUCAUAGGGUCCCACUGAACAUGUAUCCAAUAAAGGCUGCAGCCUAACGACACCCCCGAAUGCCACAGCCAAUGCAACAGUUACUGUUUACAUUUGGACUGCAGCAAGCAGGAAGAAUGGGGAAAUAAAGUUGGUAGCCAUUGGCACUUUCAGUAAUGAACUCAGUAUGAAUUCAUCACGCCCGCACCUAGUCCAGUCCGAUUUUCUUCUUAUAAAGUCUAUCAGCCAUUAGAGUGCAAAGUCCUGUAGGUGAAAUAUUUGGAUUGCCCGAUAAUCUUUAUUUCAUUGUGUGAUUAGUGCUUGAUGUUGGAUUUCAAAGUACAAAAAAGGCCAAUUUGCUCCCCGUGGUUCCAUGGAAUAUGUUCAUUUCUAGAGGAUGAAUCCGCCGGUUCAAAUGGAAUGUAUUCAAGAAUCUGAAUGUAUCUGAGUCUAUUGUGCUUUCCCCAUUUCUGCUUGCCCAAAGAUUGUGGAGCUUUUUGGUGCUUUUUAAAAAAAAGAAGAAAAAAAAAAAGGUAGACUUGCUUAGUCAUUCGGCUGACUGCAUGUGACUGAUUCAGGCUUGAAGUGCAGUCCGGGUAGUAGUGCCUAAUUUACAUUCCCUGACGCAGCCAGUAGCACCCGCCGUGAAAAAAGGGAGAGAGCCUCCAAGCCUGCCAAUCUCGUGGCACCACACCGCUGCCUGCAACACAGCCAGGGAAGGAGCGAGGGGUGGGCUUGUAAGUAAUGAUAAGUUUCGGACGAGAAUCUGAUUUCUUGUCUGGGAGGUACUGUAUCAGCUGAGCAUCUCUACCUCACAUCCAUCCCUAUAUGUUUUUGUUUUGUUGUCAGAAAUGUUCUCUGUGUGAGGGUUUCCCCAGCUGAGGGGUGGUUAUGGGUAGUUUUGGGGUCUGUGUUUGAUUUUUUUUUUUUAUACUAUGACUCCUUCUACCACUAAGCCCCUCAUGGGAGGAAUAAUCUUGCUCUCUCUCUCUCUCUCUCUCUCUCUCUCUCUCUCUCUCUCUCUCUAACACUUUCCUUCGCUUGCCUCUUAACGGUUUUAAGCGUGUCCGUUUCUUGGAGUCUCGAUCUUGUGUCCUUGUGUAACUGAGUGUUUUGUCUUUGUCUCGUGUUUGAGUCGGACACUGCUGACGCUUGCGGGUCGGUUAGGAGGGGACAGGAGGGGUUGAACGGUGGCUUGGUGGCUGGUUGGUCCUCGAGUGCAUUUGGAGCGGAAGAUUCCCAAUCUUCUCCCCCCGCCCUCAUUUUCUUGUUUCCUUCAAGGACUCACCAUUCCUACCAAUUUACCUGUUCCUCCCCUCCUUUCCCGGGAGAUUCAAUAAAACGCAGCCCGACUCUUUUGCUAACUUUAACUCUAUCGCUUUCUGUCUCUCGGUGGGUUCAAGGCCUUGUCUCCAGGUCUCUCCAAAACCCUGCUUUUUAGCAGAUAAUCCCUCUUUCCUCAACCUCUUCUUUGUCGUUUCUCUAUCUAAUCAACUCCUUGGUAACACACACAAAAAAUUGAAUGUUUACAUCACUCGAUUCUCCUUUGACUUUAUUAGGAACGCACACUAAGUACAAAGGCGCCUUAUUCAGUGUUAAAAAAUAACAGCGAGUGAAGUGGCCUGGAGCGAUGCAUCUUCUCCAGGCUCACUGAUGUCCAAAUCUAACAAAAACAAUUUAGUGCUAUACAUACUGAUUGAGAAACAAGGUGUCAACUUUUAAAAAGGAAAAAAAAAAAAAGUAGAAAUUACAACAAACCUAAUCGCAAACAACUGAAUGAGUAUUUGUGCUUAGUAUGUAUACUACUAAAAAGUGAGAGAAUGUGCUGGUUUACAUAUUAAAAAAGAAAAUAUAUUAUAAUAUAUGAAUAUAAAAUGUGUACAUAGCACUAUGCCUCGUUGUAAACAUAAAAUGUAUUGUGUGUUUUUUUUAAAAGGUGGCGGGUCACAGUUGAUUGCUAAUCAGACAGGAGAUGGUCAGGUCUAUUUCUGUUCCAAUGAUUUAAUGUUUGUUCAGUACAGGGAGGAAAUGAAGGGAAAAAAUUAAGUUGAAAUGACUUCAUGCUAAAGUCCAACACUGUUGUAAAAGAAAGACAAAAAACAUCCAAGUAUCCCUUUAGACUAUCACACUAGAAGGUUCUAUUUCUUUGCUGUUUAUGAAAUGACUAAAUAUUUUUAAAUGUUUUUUUUUUCCUGUUUUCUUAAAAAGCAAUUUGAAAUGCAAUACAUAAUAAUCUUAUCUUUAACACAGCCUUUCCGAAAAACUGAGGUAAUAAUGUACAGUGUGUGGUUGGUUGUGGAACUGCAACAUGGGCAAUCUUUGAGCUGCGGAUUCAAUAGGCUAUACUGUACUGUAUGUAGACUGCUGUUAAACACAAAAAAAAAAAAAUCAUAAAAACAAACUACAGGAAGAAUGUGGUCAGUUGUGUCGUAAACACAUAACACAUAUACGAAACAAAUUGUACUAAUAUACUCUUGCACAAAUAACGUCCCAAGUAGUGAAAUACCCUCACAAUAUUUUCUUCUCAUUGAAAGGAAGCUGUCGUAACUAUGUUAUUACCAUAUUUUGACGGUGCACAGGUUUGUUCAAAUCUGAGUUGCACUGAACACUUACAUAUAUUACAGUAACAGCUAAUAACUAUUCAUAUAUGACUCUGGUAAUGAAAUGCGGGAGGGAGGAAAAGAUUAGAAAAAAAUACAGUUAUUGCUGGUUUGACCCGUUUAAAGUUUCACACUAGUUGAUAUGGAUGAGGUAGGUACUGUAGAAGUCCCAGUUUCACUGCUGCCCCCUUGCUUCAUCCCAAAUAGGAAGCAUUUGGAUUGAAAUAAAUUACAUUCAGAGUAACAGAGUUGGAUAAUGGUCCAACUCGCUGAGUGGCAUAAGAGUUUUUAUGUUUGUUAGAUAAUGCAGUACUAAACCAGGACAGAUAACAGGGUAUCAUCCAUCGUCAUCGAUCAGUGAUCCCUGUAGCAUCUGAACAUUGUGACUUCAUCUAACUGCUCUCUUCGCUGGUGAUGGAAGACAGUUAUCUCGGCAGGGUGUUACAAAGAUAAAAUAACUCAUCGUUGACUUUUGGUUUGUCACAAGACAUGUGUAGUCUUCUAAAUUAAAGUCCUGUGCUUGUGUAGCACAAUGAUCCACCCAAACUGCCACCAUAUGCAGACUGUCGCUCUUUAUACUCACCUGACUUCCCCCUUUGCAACUGUUAUAAUUACUACGGCCACUAGAGGUUACUGCCUAACAAGAAACGUAAAUAUGGGUUGUAAUAUGCUGCUUUCACAUUCAACCUAUAUGACACUUUUUUUCUGAUGAGGAUGGACUGAGAAAAUCUGGCGACUGCAGCGUGUUAUGGGAUUUCUACAGUGGCUUCCACUGUGUCUGUGAGGGUACCUCUAUUACUGUAGAGGUGAAUGACAUCAAAACAACCCCAUUUUUCAUCAUGGCAAGCCUUAAAAAUCAAUUGGGGGUGGGGAAAUGAAGCUACCACUAGCUUUUAUUAUUACUGUCUCAACUCCUUUCCAAUCCAAUGUGGUUUAUUAUUAAAUAAUUACUGACGUAAUUAAAACUUUUUUCAAUAGCCAUAUUAUAAAAAGGUAUAUACAUAUAUAUGAAUAUAUAUUUGUGUGUUUGUGUAGAUAUCUAGAUAAUUAUAUACUUUCUUAUAGAAAACUUUGAUGUUGACCAUUCUCCUCAGUGUUUUGAGAACACGUUGACACAUUUCAACAUAAUAAUGCCGCUGUCCGCUUUGGUCUAGGUCCUAGGUCGAUGGACAACGAAUCCAAAUAAUAAAAAAAAAAAAAGUAAAAAAUAAAAAAAAACUUCCAAAGG